UCCUGUGAAGUUGCAUAUCCUAACAUUUUCCUCCUCCUCCUGUAUCCUGGGCCGCAUAAAUUGUUUCCAAUUUUUGGGGGGGCUUACAAGAUUGGUUGGAAACUAAAACAAUGUCAUAUUUUCUUUUGGCAGUGAUGUUUCAUUCAGGACUGCCAAUAAAUAACGAUGCCAUAAGUUGGCAAACCACCGAUGAAUCCAACAAAAUACAUUGGGAUACAACUGAUUUGUCUUGGGGGAAAAAUUGACAAAAUGAUAAUUGUACACAUUUGAGUCAAACUGUACAUUUGUUUUGUGAAUCCGGCUUCAACAUUAUAUAUUUAAAAACAUGUGUUCCUAUACAUAUAUACAUAUAGUGUAUCUCUGCUCAGUAAAUGUCAUGGGGUCAUGUGUGAAAAACUUGCUGGAAAGGGGAACCACACAGUGUUGGUGCUGCCCUGACACUGUGUGGUAGAGGGGGGGGCCACCAGGGGCCCUCUUCCCCCCAACAGGCGGCCUGUGCCUUUUAGAGACGGGGAGCUGUGUAACAUGAGUCGGGAUGAAAACUGUGCGCCGGAUCCGGCCGCCAGUGCAGAUGCAGGUCGUCCAAGAGAGAGAGGAGGUGCACGAUGGUUCCCGUCUCUCUGCUGCUCAUCAUAGUCACAUCUUGGCCCUUCGGCUCCGCAGUGUACACCGGGCCCCUCCAACCGGAGAUCACCAAUGGCACCUUCCAUCACUUCUUCGUGCCGGACGGUGACUACGAGGAGACCGAGGACCCGGAGCAGUGCCAGAUGCUCUUCAGGUUCUCAGACGUGUAUCCGUGCGGCGCCUCCGAGGAGCGCGACUCCGUGGUGCGGGACGACUUCAUCAUCGCCAAGCUGCAGGCGGAGGACGCGGCGCGCCUGCUGGAGGGCAUCGGCCGCGCCGUGGCGCACGACCUGGACGGCGAGGACAGCUACGGCAAGUUCCUCCGACGGGAGACGUCGCAGAUCGGCGAGGCGUUCUCCAGCGUGGACAACUCUCUGCAGGAGCUGGAGGUGAAGUUCAAGCAAAGUCAGGAGACGGAGCUGAGAGAGGAGCAACAGCUGAACGGCUACGUGGUGAAGCAAGUGGGCGACAUCAGGGACGCGCUGAGGGCAACCACGGACAUCUCGCUGGGACUGAAGGACAAACACGAGCUGCUGUCGCUCAUCAUCCGCAGCCACGGCACCAGGCUGAGCCGCCUGAAGACCGAGUAUCUGCACUUUGGCUCUUAGUGGGGCUGUGCGUGUGUGUGUGAGUGUGUGUGUGUCUCUGUGUGUGCGUGUGUGUGUGUCUCUGUGUGUGUGUGUGUGUGCGUGUGUGUGUGUGCGUGCGUGUGCGCGCGUGUGCGUGUG